AUGGCCGAUAUCAGUUGCGCAACCGGCGCAUCCGCCGCGAGGCUGUUCAUUCAUCUUGCAAAGCGCGGCUAUUCGUCUGAUUCAUCAGCUGCAGCUGGUCGAUCUUUCGCGCCUCUGGAAUUCCUCCUCCCACGAAGAAGAUCAAUCACGCGUCGUCAUUUGGCUUGCCUUUUACGUCCCUCACAGCAUUACCCUACCGGCAAAGCGUCCCUCGACAAGGCUUCCGUCAAGAGCACUUUCGAGCAACCUUGGCGGAGAACCUUUACGGUUACGACCCGUCGACCUACUACAACAUGCAUUCUAAACCCGCGGACAGACGAGGAUGGCCAGGAGAUGACGAUGGAGAUUACCCCAAGAGCGGCAAAACGUUUGUCGGAUAUUAUGAACAAGGACAAGAACCCGAAUCUUGCACUCCGUAUACAAGUUGAAAGUGGUGGAUGCCAUGGAUUUCAGUACCUUAUGAGUUUGGUAACCAUUCCGCCCAAAGACAAGGAGGAUUGGUCAUGCGCUGUAAACAAAGACGACACGAUUUUCCAAUUUUCUCCCGACGGAGAACCUGCUUCUCCCGCCGCAGAGGGAGCAAAAGUAAUACUCGAUGAGCCCUCCCUAGAGUUGCUAAAAGGAAGCAAAGUGGACUUUACUAUGGAGCUGAUUGGCUCGCAGUUCAAAAUUGUUGAUAACCCGUAUGCCAAAAGCAGUUGUGGUUGUGGCACGAGCUUUGACGUCAAGAUGUAA